AUGGUAACUGUGAGAACUGUCCUUAGCAUAGCAUCCUCAAAUGGGUGGAUUCUACAUCAAAUGGAUGUCAACAAUGCAUUCCUACAGGCUGCAACUAAACCUGCUUCUACUCCUAUUGAGACAAAUCAGAAGUUGACUACCACAGAGUAUGACCAACAUGUGGGACACAGUGGAGAUGAAGAAUUGCAGGAUAUAGCAAGUUACCAGAGGUUAGUAGGUAAAUUACUCUAUUUGACCAUCGCACGUCCUGACAUUUGUUUUGUUGUGCAAGUGCUGAGUCAGUUCAUACAACAUCCAAAGCAAUCUCAUAUGGAUGUUGCACUUAGAGUGGUCAGGUACAUCAAAGGCUCACCUGGACUUGGUAUAUUCCUAAAGAAAGGUUCUAUCUCACAUUUCACUGCCUACUGUGAUUUUGAUUGGGUAGCAUGCCCAAAUACACGAAGAUCUAUUACUGGAUAUGUUAUAAAACUGGGGGAGUCAUUGUUAUCAUGGAAGUCCAAGAAGCAACAGACAAUAAGUUGUAACUCACCUGAAGUUGAGUAUAUGAGUCUUGCAGCAGUAGCAACUGAAAUCACUUGGCUAGUUGGAGUGUUAAAGGAAUUGAAUGUAUAUUUACAACAACCAGUUGAUCUCUACUGUGACAGCAAAGUUGCUCUCCAAAUUGCAGCAAAUCCUAUAUUUCAUGGAUGA